AUGGGGACACAGAAGGUCACCCCAGCUCUGAUCUUUGCCAUCACAAUUGCUACAAUCGGCUGUUUCCAAUUUGGCUACAACAUUGGGGUCAUCAAUGCUCCUGAGAAGAUCAUAAAGGAAUUUAUCAAUAAAACUUUGACGGACAAGGGAAAUGCCCCUCCCUCUGAGGUGCUGCUCACGUCUCUCUGGUCCUUGUCUGUGGCCAUAUUCUCCGUCGGGGGUAUGAUCGGCUCCUUUUCAGUCGGACUCUUUGUCAACCGUUUUGGCAGGCGCAAUUCAAUGCUGAUUGUCAACCUGUUGGCUGUCACUGGUGGCUGCUUUAUGGGACUGUGUAAAGUAGCUAAGUCGGUUGAAAUGCUGAUCCUGGGCCGCUUGGUUAUUGGCCUCUUCUGCGGACUCUGCACAGGUUUUGUGCCCUUGUACAUUGGAGAGCUCUCACCUACUGCCCUGCAGGGUGCCUUUGGCACUCUCAACCAGCUGGGCAUCGUUGUUGGAAUUCUGGUGGCCCAGAUCUUUGGUCUGAAAUUCAUCCUUGGGUCUGAAGAGCUAUGGCCGCUGCUACUGGGCUUUACCAUCAUUCCUACUAUCCUACAAAGUGUAGCCCUUCCAUUUUGCCCUGAAAGUCCCAGAUUUUUGCUCAUUAACAGAAAAGAAGAGGAGAAUGCUAAGCGGAUCCUCCAGCGGUUGUGGGGCACCCAGGAUGUAUCCCAAGACAUCCAGGAGAUGAAAGAUGAGAGUGCAAGGAUGUCACAAGAAAAGCAAGUCACCCUUCUGGAGCUCUUUAGAGUGUCCAGCUACCGACAGCCCCUCAUCAUUUCCAUCAUGCUGCAGCUCUCUCAGCAGCUCUCCGGGAUCAAUGCUGUGUUCUAUUACUCAAGAGGAAUCUUCAAGGAUGCAGGUGUUCAAGAGCCCAUCUAUGCCACCAUCGGCGCGGGUGUGGUUAAUACUAUCUUCACUGUAGUUUCUCUAUUUCUGGUGGAAAGGGCAGGAAGAAGGACUCUGCAUAUGAUAGGCCUUGGAGGGAUGGCUUUUUGUUCUACACUCAUGACUGUUUCUUUGUUAUUAAAGGAUAACUAUAAUGGGAUGAGCUUUGUCUGUAUUGGGGCUAUCUUGGUCUUUGUCGCCUUCUUUGAAAUUGGACCAGGCCCCAUUCCCUGGUUUAUUGUGGCUGAACUCUUCAGCCAUGGCCCCCGCCCAGCUGCCAUGGCAGUGGCCAGCUGCUCCAACUGGACCUCCAACUUCCUAGUCGGAUUGCUCUUCCCCUCCGCUGCUCACUAUUUAGGAGCCUACGUUUUUAUGAUCUUCACCGGCUUCCUCAUUACCUUCUUGGCCUUUACCUUCUUCAAAGUCCCUGAGACCCGUGGCAGGACUUUUGAGGAUAUCACACGGGCCUUUGAAGGGCAGGCACACAGUGCGAAUAGAUCUGGGAAGGACGGCGUCAUGGAGAUGAACAGCAUCAAGCCUGCUAAGGAGACCAUCACCAAUGUCUAA